UCACUCUCUCUCUUGAAUCUCCCUAUAUAUAUUCAGUAUAUAUUUGGGAGAAUAAGAAAAGGAAAACAUCAACAGCCGAUUUAUUUAAUCCCAGUCUUUCCGGCUUCUUGCUGUAGGGUAUGAUUGCAAAAAGCUGAUCUUUACCCGUCGUCUCCCUCCCUUCACGUGUCCAUUGCUAUUCUCUCUUCUUCCAGUUGGCGAAGGGAAGAAGGUUUGUUCUACCACUUUUACGCCUCUUCUGAUUAAAACUUACAAUCAAAAGAUGGACACACAAUCUUUGGAGCGUGAACUUCUUAUUGAGGUAGGUGAUACUCCAGUGCCAAGUAAGAGUUCUCUUGGAAGUAAAGUUUGUGGGGGAGCGCCUUGUGGAUUUUCAGAUGCUAAAACCAGUUCUAAGGAUGCACAAGAGCGUGCAGCAUCGAUGAGAAAACUUUGGAUUGCUGUUGUGCUUUGUGUCAUCUUUAUGACGGUUGAAGUUGUCGGAGGUAUCAAAGCAAACAGUCUUGCGAUAUUGACAGAUGCGGCUCAUUUGCUGUCGGAUGUUGCAUCGUUUGCGAUAUCGUUGUUUUCACUGUGGGCAUCGGGGUGGGAAGCUACCCCACGCCAGUCGUAUGGAUUCUUCAGGAUUGAGAUUCUCGGUGCGUUGGUUUCGAUACAAUUGAUAUGGCUUCUUACUGGGAUUCUUGUUUAUGAAGCCAUUGAACGACUUAUAAACAGUUCUGGUGAAGUCCAGGGCUUCCUUAUGUUUGCAGUAGCUGCUUUCGGCCUAGUAGUUAAUAUCGUUAUGGCUCUCUUGCUCGGUCAUGAUCAUGGACAUAGUCACGGUCAUGGACAUGGACAUGAUCAUGGACAUCAUGACCAUGCAGGGCAUGGUCAUGAUCAUGGUCAUGAGGCUCAGGACAUGCAUGGAAUAUCAGUGAACCGACACCACCAUCAUCAUCAUCAAGAACAUCCUAAUCCUGAUCAUCAUCAUCAUCAUCAAGAACAUCCUAGUAAUGAUGAUGAUGAUCAUCAUCAUCAUGAUGCACAUGAAGCUGAUCUUGCCAGGCCUCUACUCAAUGCUAGCACCGAGGGUGAAAGUGAGCCGAAAAAUACAAAAAAGAAGCAAAGGAACAUAAAUGUUCAAGGGGCUUAUCUUCACGUACUGGGGGAUUCUAUUCAAAGCAUAGGGGUGAUGAUUGGUGGAGCGAUUAUAUGGUAUAAACCAGAGUGGAAGAUCAUCGAUCUAGUUUGCACCCUCAUCUUCUCCAUAGUCGUGCUCUUCACGACCAUUAGAAUGUUGCGCAACAUCCUUGAAGUCUUGAUGGAGAGCACGCCCAGGGAAAUCGAUGCCACGAGGCUGGAGAAGGGCCUGUGCGAGAUGGAGGAGGUGGUUGCAAUUCACGAGCUACACAUAUGGGCGAUUACGGUAGGGAAGGUGCUGUUAGCUUGCCACGUCAAGAUUAAACCCGAUGCCGAUGCUGACCUGGUGCUAGAUAAGGUGAUUGAUUAUAUUAGGAGGGAGUACAACAUUAGCCAUGUAACUAUCCAGAUAGAAAGAGGGUAGAUGAUGAGGUGUUGUUGAAGGAGUCUGUUUCCUUUCAGCUUGUUUGUAUCUGCUCCUUACACUAGAAAAAGUUUCACUGGUAUAUUGAAUUGAACAUCAUUUUCGUGUUUUAUA